CUGGAGGGCGCAUGUGCGGGGGGAAGCGGAAGCGGUUAAGCGUGACGCACGUGGGGAGAUCGAGGAAGCAGGCAGUUCGAGCACAGACGAGGAAGCGACAGGACGUGUCGAAUUCGUAAGAGACCUCUGAUCUUCGCUGAGACAGAAAAUUUAGAAUGGUGACAUCGAAGAAGUUGAAAAUUUAAUAAAAAACGAUCCAACAACAAUUAACCAAGCUCCUCUAAUGGAAGCUGGUUUCAAGGGGAACACAAGAAUAACUGAAUUUUGAUAUAUGCAGGAGCGGAGAUGGAAGCUUUACAUGAUGCUGUGUUUGGGUGUCAACUUGAAGCUGUGAAUCUCUUGCUAUAUCGGAACAUCAAUGUGAACGGGAAGAGCAAGGCUGGCUGGACUCCUCUCCUUUUGGCUGCAGGGAUAUGGACAGACGGAGUGGCAGCAUUAUUACAAAAGAACGCUCUUGAGCUAUUUUUUUUAGGAAUUGAUACAACUGACCUGAAAAUUGAUGAUGAGUCUAUUGACACUGUAAAACAAGGCUACCUAAUGCUGUACGAAUGGUUCAGAAAUUGUGAUUCAGAAAUACGGACACACAACAGAAAUACGGACACGCAACAUUGAUGGGAUGUCAGUCAUUGGACGCAAAGUGAAUUUCCGUGUAACUGUUGUUGUUUAGCCUUGGAUUAACCUUGACCAAACACAGACUUAUGAUCAAAUACAUUCCAGCCAGGACCAUCAUGCCUAUUUCCAAAGAGAACCCACAACCACAUUGUCCAAUAUGCCCUUCUGUACAGUGAUAUCGUGUGAAUUUAGCUACUAAUUCUAGCAGGUAUAUCAACCACAUAGUGAUCCCUUCACUGGUUUUGCUCCUUUGUUAAACAUUCACAUUUAAAAUAAAGAUAAACUUUGAAAUGUU